GGGAGAACAUGGCGGCGCUCUGAGCAGAGAUUCAGAUUCACAUUUCCGCUUUAAUUCAGACACACACUCUCUCUCACACACACACACACUCUCACACACACACACACACACACACACACACCGUGUCAUUAAUCUCCGAUACGGUGUUUAUUAACAAUGACGUCACAGAGACAGACAGGAGUUUAAUACAGAAGGUUUAGUUCCUGAGGGAGUGUGUGAUGUUUAUAACCGCGCUGCAGCCGGAGUGUGUGAGAGACAUGAGAUAGCAGUGUGUGUGUGUGUGUGUGUGUGUGUGUAAGAGUGAGAUAAACACUCAGAGACAUGUCUAUGUUCGGAGAUCUUUUUGAAGAGGAAGAGGAGGAGAGGAACAACAUCAGCCAGGACUCAGGGAAGGUGUGUGAGCCGCCGCCUCCUCGUGGGAAACUGAAGCUGAGUGGAAUUAGAAAUCAGGGAUCAACAUGUUACCUCAACUCACUGCUGCAGACCCUGCUACACACACCUGAGUUUAGAGAGGAGUUGUUCAGGCUCGGACCAGAGGAGCUCGGCAACCUGGAGGAUAAAGACAAACCUGGGGCUAAGGUGCGUGUUAUUCCUCUGGAGUUGCAGAAUUUUUUUGCUCGGUUGUUGUUGUUGGAUGAACAAACCACAACGACUACAGCACUGACUGAGAGCUUCGGCUGGACAAACAAUGAGAUGAUGUCUCAGCAGGACGUUCAGGAGUUAAACAGGAUCCUGUUCAGUGCGUUAGAGACGUCUCUCAUUGGGACGUCUGGCUCCAGUCUGAUUCAGAGACUUUACCGUGGAACUCUGAUUAACCUCAUCACCUGCAGCGAGUGUCACAACGUCAGUGAAAGACAGGAGGACUUCUUGGACCUGACGGUGUGUGUACGUGACCUGAGCAGCCUGGAGGAGGCGCUGUGGAGCAUGUUUGUGGAGGAGGAAGUGUUUGAGGGAAAUAAUCUGUAUCGCUGCAGCCGCUGUAACCGACUGGUCAGCGCCACCAAGUGUGCUAAACUCAGGGUGCUCCCUCCGUUCCUCACCGUGUCUCUGCUGCGCUUCAGUUUUGAUCAUGUGAAGUGUGAGAGGUUUAAGGAGACGAGGAAGUACAGCUUCCCACUCAGCAUCGACCUGCGGCCCUUCUGUGAACAGUCAGACCUGCCGGACUCUGAGCUCUCCUAUGAUCUGUUCUCCAUCAUCAUACACAAAGGCGGAUGUUACGGAGGUCAUUAUCACGUCUACAUCAAAGACAUCGACCAGCUCGGCCACUGGGAACUGUGUGAUGAUGAUGUGAAACAGAAGAAGCAGAAAGUGAAGGUGAAGCCCCUCAGUGUGAGUGUGUGUGAGUCAGUUGUGGAGAAGGACAAUCCUCUGUCAGUCCUCAUGGCUCUGCUAGCUCAGGAGCCAGACGGUGGUGUGUUGUUGGACCAACUCGGUCAGAAGCUGAUGGAGAAGAUCGGCUGCUCCUGGAGUAAGAAGUUCAGGAAGCAGUUUGGACCAAUCAGAAAGUUUCUGCAGUCUCACCCGGACGUGUUCGUGCUCCUGAUGAACGGCUCCCGCGUGGCUCUCAGAAACCCGGCAGUAACGCCUGAGCAGGGGGCGGAGCCAAAAUCAGUAGCAAAAAGGGCCCAGGAUGAGUCGGAGGCGGGGUCAGAUUUUGGCCUGGAGGCGGAGCCUGUGACAGGACACUGGUUCGACCUGAACGACGCGACGGUGACGGCGAUCAGAGAGAGUGACAUCAUCAAGCAGUACGAGGGCAAAGAGAGCGCGUACAUGCUGUUCUACAGGAAACACACACUGCAGCGGCCACGCCAGGCUUUGGGUAAUCCUGCAUUCGGAGUUCCUCCUCACCUGCUGCAGAUGGUGCACGAGGAAAACACCAAGCUACAACAGAGGAGGGCGGAGUUCGACGUCCUCAGUAACAGCAUCGACGUGCGGCUUCACUUCGCUUCUCAUUACCGCGUUGAGGGCGGAGCUCUACGUCUCAUGGACACGCACUCGGGCGCACACACACUCACACUGAGCUUUGACCGCAGGAGGACCGUGGGAGACCUGAGACUCGCCGUCUACCAGAUGCAGGAUGCAUGGGAAGGGGACAUGGCACUGACAGUCACUAAGACCCUGCCAGCAGGACUCCACCUGUACGACACACUGACAGACGAUCAGCAGUCUUUGUGCAGUGCUGGAGUGUAUAACGGCUCAGAGCUGUUCGUUUGGAACGGGAUCGAGGUGAAUGGUGUGUGUGUUCAGACUGGAGCUGAGUAUGAACCGUUGCUGUUAAAUAUCCUAAGGCCAGAUAAGGCGGAGCUGGACUCUGUGGGCGUGACUUGUGUUAACUCAGUAGGCGGAGCCUCUGAAGCGGACACCUCUGGUCUUGUGCAUGUCACACGGGGGUUUUCGGGCGGGGUCACACUGGGCGGGGUGCGGGAGGCUCUCAGCAUGCAGGAGGCGCUGGUGUGUCAGCAGGCGCAAGGGGCGGGGCCAGGAGGAGGAGGAGGCGGGGCCAGCAGGUGGAAGGUGUGUUCCCCUGAGGCCAUGAGGAGGACGCUGAGAGAGCUCACGCUGCGGGACGGAGACACACUGCUGCUGCUGCCACACACACACCUGAACAACAGCGUGUUCAGUGUUAGCGAAGAUGUGGUUACCGUGACGACACCGUCAGACUGCCGCUGGCUGCAGGUGGAGUGUCUCACACACACGGAGCAGGAGGAAGAGGAGAAGAGAGUGAUGAAGAUUCCUGCUGCAGGAAGCACAUUGCUAAGUGAGGUGAAACAAAGAGCCCUGGAGGAGAUGCAGCUGCAGGAGCACUUCACAGGUGGUGUGUGUUGUUUGAGACAGAGGGACCGAACAGGGAAACUUUUACCUCCAGUCCAGGAAGACUUGACUGUCUGUGAUGCAGGUAUCAAGUUGAUGACAUCACUGUGUCUUUGUCCUGGACACGCCCCAAACUCCUCACAGCUCUUCCUGUUCUUCAGAGUGGCGCCACCUACAGGCCCAGAGCUGGAGAUCAUCGUGGAGAAGACGCUUACUGUGAAGGAGUGUUUGAUGGUGAUGCUGAAGAAGGCUGAACUCACUGGAACGUGCUGGCAUUUGAGAAGGAUGGAUUGGUGUGAGGAGGUUGGGGAACCUCUGAUGGAUGAGAAUGUCUCUCUGGUGGAGAUGAAAGUGGUUAGCGGAGACACACUUGUGAUCACUGAGGGACACCUUCCUCCAAAGGGAUUUCUAAACUUGGCAGUGAGCUGGUUGGAUCGGAGUGAUGAGUGCGAGAGAAAUCACACACCAGAAUCACACACUACAGGGCUGCAGUCUGUUGGUUUUAUUGAAAUCUCAGACGAGGCCUCACUGCAUGAGCUCAAAUGUCAGGUGCUGACUCUGCCUGCACUGGUGCAGGUGUGUGUUCCGUCUCCUGAAUUUCUACGGGUUUGGUUGGUGGAGAGAAAAAAACUCAUUAGAAUCCUCAGAGGAAACCACCUCACACUCAGGAAGCUAAAGUUGUCGGUGGGAUCUGAGGUGUGUGUGCAGAAGCUGCAGUGUGAGGAGAACCUUGGGCCAAAGGCUAUUGUGCUACGUCUGCGUGUGGGCGUGGCCAAAGAGGAGGUGGGCAUGUCUGAAGAGAGUGCAUAUUUCCCCACUCAUGAGUUUGUAUGGGAGGCGGAGCUAGACUCCUCCCCCGCAGGGCUGUACCAUGCAGUCUCCGCCCACUGUGGAAUCUCACCGGAGAAUUUGCUGCUUGCUAAACACCUGCCUGAACAAAACACCUGGAGUACCAUCAACUACUGGAUUCAGUCUGUCUCUAAACAGAAGAAGAAGAAACAGAAUAAGAAUAACAGUAAAGGAGUGAACCUGCAGGGGGCGCCGUACUGCCUGAGAGACGGUGACACUAUAGCAGUUAAGAAUCUGGUGAUUGACAGUAAUCGGGAGUUCGGUACAGUUAAAACUGGACAAAUACCUGGAGAACAAACAGAGCAAAGGGGCCAGAGUAAGCGCUCGGAGAAAAAAAAGAGCAGGAAGCCCGAAGUGGCCUUGUCAAUCAACGUGGGUGUGUUCAGAUAGCCCUGACCACACCCACAGUCUUGACCACACCCACUAUCAGCUGGAAGCUGCCCACUUGUGCCAUUUGAGAUUCUCAGCCAAUCAGAGAGCUGCUAAACAUUACACUGAGUCAGAGAGAACCAGUCUGCUGUAAAGGAUCAUGGGUAAUCCAGUGUGGCGGUCGGGGUGAUAAACCACCUCUACACACUGUGAUGUAACGGUUAAACAGCCUAUUGCAGUGGAUUAUGGGUAAAAUUACUGUCGUGACUCUGAUGAGCAAUGCAUUUUAUUAACCUUUAAUGAGCUUUAAUGAUGAUGUCACUGAUGAGAUCAUCCCUUAGACUGUUUAUCUGGUUGAACUCGACACUCUGUUGAUUUUAAAUGAAAUGAGAUUAAUCUUAUGUUGACGAUGAAACUGUUAGUUUGACAUUUUUACUAUUUGAUUUUUUUUCCACAAUUUUGAAAAUGUUUUAGUUUCGUUUCAAAUUGUCAAAAUAUUAAGGAUAAAAAUAAAACGGUGUGUCA